AUGAGAGUCAGAGCAAAGCUUGAACAGUUACUCAAGGAAAAAAACUGUUCUGCAGGAACAUUUUCUCUUCCCAAGACAUCCGAAGCUGCUACAGAUGCUGCUGCCCUGCUUCCUCCACAGCACAUCACAAACUUUGCUAAAAAGCAGGUGCACCUUGGCUGGGAGUUGGAGAGCAGUCUCCCACAUAUUCUUCAGGCUUUUCUUUUGCCUGCUUUUGCAGCUGCCAUUGUCUAUGGGCAGGGAGCAAGCGACUCCAUGUGGCUGCUCAGAAACUAUUACCAAGUUCUGGCUUUUAUGUUUGCCAUAGAAGAAAUCAACAGGAACCCCAAUAUGUUACCCAAUAUUUCUCUGGGAUUCCACAUCUACAAUGCUUAUCACAAUGAUGAGAGGACCUUGGAGAGUUCCCUCAUGUGGCUGUCAGGCCAGGGACAGACCAUUCCAAAUUACAGCUGUGAGAGGCAGAGAAAGUCUGUGGUGGUCAUUGGAGGAGCCACUUCUGAAUUGACUUACUGCAUGGGAACUCUGCUGGAGCUCUAUAAGCUCCCACAGAUCAGCUAUGGUCUCUUUGAUCCACUCAUAAGUGACCCACUUCAGUUUCCUUCUGUUUAUCAGAUGGCCCCCAGUGACACCUCUCUUCCUCUUGGCAUGGUCAGGUUAAUGCUGCAUUUCAAAUGGAACUGGGUGGGCCUUGUUGCCUCAGAUGAUUCAAGAGGUGAGAAAUUCCUGAGAGACCUUCAAGAAGAAAUGGCCAGAAAUGAUGUCUGUGUGGCCUUUAUAAAAAAGAUCACCACUAAUAAGUCAUUAGAAAAAAAUUCAUAUCAAUAUUUUGUAUUCAGCAUAGGUUUUUCUGCAGCAAAUGUGAUUGUCAUUUAUGGAGAUACAAAUUCACUUCUGAGCCUGGUGUUUAUGGAAAACCCUGAUGUCCUUGUAAGAAAAGUGUGGAUCACUACCAGUCACUGGGAUAUUGCCAAAAAACCUGGUUAUAUCUAUUUUGAUAAUUUCCAUGGGGCUCUGAUAUUUUCAGAUCAGACAAAUAAGAUUCCUGGGUUCAAAGAUUUUCUGAAAACUGUUAACCCUGCCAGACACCCAGAGGAUAUUUUCCUUAAGAACUUUUGGAACUCAGCUUUUGGAUGUCCCCAUAUACAUGGGAAGAAAGAUGAGGAGGUCUGUUCCCCAAAUGCAUCUUUAGACACCCUGAGUUUGAGCUCUUUAGAAAACAUUAUGUCUGAUCAGAGUUACACUGUCUACACUGCUGUAUAUGCCGUGGCCUGGGCCCUUCAUGAGAUGUUCUUAAUGAGAUCAGAAAUGGAAUUCAACAUAGAUGGAGACAACAGGGUUGUUCCCCCCCAAAAGCUCCAUUCCUUUCUGAAGAACCUUCAGUUUAACAAUAGUGCUGGGAAGCUGGUGGUCCUGGAUAAGAAGAGGAACUCUGUGGCAAACUAUGAUAUUCUCAACUAUGUGACCUUUAGCAAUGAUACCGAAGUCCUGAUAAAACCUCCUCAGUCCAGAUGCAAUAAAGUCUGUGGUCCUGGAUUCCAGAAGAAAGCCCAGCAGGGAAGUCCUGUCUGCUGUUUUAAUUGUGACCCCUGCCCAGACAGACACAUUUCCAACCACACAGAUGCAGAUCAGUGUGUGAAAUGCCCUGAAGAUCAAUAUCCCAAUCAGGAGAGGAAUCAGUGCCUCCCCAAAGUGGUGACCUUCCUGGCCUAUGAAGAGCCCUUGGGGAUGGCUUUGGCUUCUAUAGCUGCUUGCUUGUCUCUCCUCACAGCUCUGGUUCUCUGGGUCUUUGUGAGAUACAAAAACACCCCCAUAGUCAGAGCCAAUAACCGGGAUCUCAGCUACAUCCUCCUCAUCUCCCUUUUUUUCUGCUUCCUCUGCUCUCUGCUCUUCAUUGGUCGCCCAAGUGCUGCCAAUUGCCUUCUCCGACAAACAACCUUUGGAGUCAUGUUCACAGUGGCCGUCUCCUCUGUCUUGGCCAAAACGAUCACUGUGCUUCUGGCCUUCAGAGCCACCAGACCAGGCAGCAGGAGCAGGAAAUGGAUGGGAUCCAGAGCCCCCAUUUCUGUUGUUCUCUUUUGCACCUUGAUUCAGUUUCUGCUCUGUGGAGUCUGGCUGCUGCUCUCUCCCCCAUUCCCAGAGGCAGACACACACUCUGACCAUGAGCACAUUAUCUUGGGGUGUAAUGAAGGCUCCCUCAUUGCCUUCUAUUUUGUCCUGAGCUACAUGGGAGUCUUGGCCCUGAUGAGCUUCACCGUGGCCUUUUUUGUCAGAAAUCUGCCUGACACGUUCAACGAAGCCAAGUUCAUCACCUUCAGCAUGUUGGUGUUCUGCAGUGUCUGGAUCACCUUCCUCCCCACCUAUCAGAGCACCAAGGGGAAGAUGAUGGCAGCUGUGGAGAUCUUCUCCAUCUUAAGCUCCAGUACUGGCUUGCUAGCCUGCAUCUUUAUCCCCAAAUGCUAUGUGAUCCUUCUGCAGCCCCACAGGAAUACCAAGAAAUCUUUAAAAAAUAAUCUCCAUUCCUUUCUUAAGAAAAUUCUCUUCAACAAUAGUGCUGGGAACCAGGUGGUCUUGGAUAAGAAGAACUCUCUGGCAAACUAUGAUAUGCUCAACUAUGUGACCUUUGGUAAUGAUACCGAAAUCCUGGUGAAAGUGGGAGAGCUUAUUUUUCAGGCUCCACUAAGCCAAGAUUUCAUCAUGCAGGAAAAGGCCAUAGUGUGGCACAAAGGGAAAGGAAAGGUGCAGAGUUGCAAGCAGCAAUGGUCCCAAGAGUCCAUCAUGAACUAA